AGUGCCGCCUCAGUUGAGCGCAGGCGAGGAGAUGGCUGUGAGGGAGGCGGCGACGGUGGGCACUCCCGGACCCAGGAGGGAGGAAGAGGCGGCGCUGCUCUUCCAGAGGGUCCAUUACCGGCACGACCCGCGCUGGCUGCUGCCCGUGACCCCCCGCCUGUGCCUGGCCUGCGCGCUGGAGCUGCUGCCGGAGCCCGGCGUGUCGUUGUUGCGCAAGAAGCACAUGUUGUCUUGCUUCCAAGAUGCCCUCGUGAGGCACACCUCCCUGGUCACGCAACUGGUGUCUCAGGAUCAGAGAGUCUGCAUCCGCUUCAUAAGCGUGCUUUUUGGACUGUUACACAGUGUGGAAGAUGGGAGUGUGACAGACCUCUGUAUUGAAGUCAUUAUUCAGCUCACAACGCAGCUGAAGCUGGAGCAGACCACCCGUUGCCUGCUGGAUGAGUGCCACAAAGAGCUGUGUAACAUGCCCUCCAUGCGAGGCAGCCUGGCCACCCUGACCCUUCUUGGCAAGUUGGUGGAUGCCAUCCCUGCUCUGGCAGAUGAGCUUGUAAUGGAGCACGGUGAGAGUGUAUGCUCCCUUUGUUUACUGAGGCAGCUGUUGAAGUAUGAUCUCUUUGUGUCCAUGAUCAUGAACAAGGAUGAACUGGGAGAAAGUGCUAAGAAUAUCGAAGGGUCAUCAGGAGAUACCUCACUGCCUUUGGUGCUCAAAAAGCUUCUCCUUUCUAGAGAUGAAACCCUGCAGGUGGCCAGUGCUCACUGUAUAACUGCGGUGCUUGUCCACUCCCCAGCAAAGCAUGCCCCGGCCUUCAUCCAUGCUGACAUCCCAGAGUUCCUCUUUGAGCAUCUUUCUUCUUCCAGUGAAAUGCUCGUCUCGUCCAGCUACAACUGCUUGACACUCCUGACAGAAGAGCCACUCUUUUUUUCCAAGUGCCACACGGUGUAUGGGAUCGAGGCAGUGGUGAGGAGCCUGCAGGGAAGCCUGGAGAUGAACAACACAGAGCUGCACAAGCAGGGCCUGUUACUUUUCACUGAAAUCCUGACCCGGCAGCCAGAGGAGAUCAAGCUGUUCACAAACUCAGCCAUGUGCAGAGAUGCUGGCCGUGCCCUCCAAGAAGCAGUUAGCAGCCCUGUGCUGGAGGUGGCUGCUGAGGCCGUGAAGGCCACUUCUGCUUUUCUGAGGAAGGACCAUCAGAGUGCUCCACCUGUGCAGUAUCGGGAACUGCAGUCUUUGCUAGAAGCCAUGCUAAACCGGUGUGCGGAGUUUUCCCAGACCUUGCUGAACAGGAGGCCCCUGGGCCAUGCCUCCAGUAGAGAUUCAGAGAAAGCCAUUCUUCAAAGGGGAAAGUUCCUCCUGAGCACUCUGGAGGGAUUUAGAAGUGCCUGCAGGUUGGCUAUAGAAUUCCAGAGUGAGCCUUCAGCCCAGGAGAAUCCAUUCACAGUUCCCAGCGCCAAGAAGGAAGACACCUUGGAGGCCUUCUCAGAAUUUCUUCUCAGUGCCUGUGACUCGCUGUGUAUCCCUAUGGUGAUGAGACAUUUGGAGCAGACCACCCACCCAGCUUUGAUGGAAGUUUUCCUCUCAAUUCUACACAGCCUCUUUGUCAUCGUUCCCCACAUGAAGGAGAAGUUUUCCAAGAAGCUUGCUGCCUCAUCCUUCAUACGACUGACCCUGGAGCUGAAGGCCAGGUUUUGCAGUGGUCUGAGUCACUCAGCCCUAAACCAGGUGUGUUCCAAUUUCCUCUACUAUAUGUGCCUCAACCUUCUCUCAGCUCCAGAGAAGACAGGACCACCUUCUGAAGAAGAACUCUCUGCAGUGUCUGAGCUCCUACAGCACGGGCUGCCCCAGAUAAGCAGCAGGAGCCCUGAAAGCCUUGCCUUCCUGUCUGAUCGCCAGUACAUGGAGGGAGCUGCUCGCCAGAGACAGUACUGCAUCCUGCUACUCUUCUACUUGGCCUACAUCCACGAGGACAGGUUUGUCUCAGAGGCAGAAUUAUUUGAGGCUGUGCAAAGCUUCCUCCUGUCUCUGCAGGACCAGGGCGAGCGCCCCCCACUGGUGGUCUUCAAAGCCUCCAUCUAUCUGCUUGCAAUCUGCCAGGACAAAGACAAUACACUACGUGAGACUAUGGUCAGUGCAGUCAGAAAAUUCCUAGAAGGCAUCCCAGACCUGCAGCUAGUCUAUACCCACCAUCCGCUCCUGCUCAGGUUCUUUCUGUCGUAUCCAGAGCUCAUGAGUAGGUAUGGGUACCGUGUCCUGGAACUUUGGUUCUCCUGGGAAGACAGCAGCUGUGAGGAACUGGAUGAUGUCACCUCUGCUGGGCAGCCCGCCCUUCCUACCAGCUUAGCAGUCCUGUUCCAGUUGCUCAGAAGCAUCCCCAGCAUCCUGCUCAUCUUGCUGGACCUCAUCUAUUCCAGCCCAAUGGACACAGCUCACAAGGUACUGAUUAGCCUGAGGACCUUCCUGAGGAGGAAUGAGGAUAUACAAGUGGGUGGUCUUAUCCGAAGCCACUUCCUGCUGAUCCUGCAGCGUCUGCUAGUGGAGCAUGGGGCCUCCCCAUCAGAAGCCUCGGGGAACCUACCAUUGCUGCUGAGCCUCCUCUCCCUGAUGCAGCUCAAGAAUGUGUCAGAGCAAGAACUGGACAGCAUGGCCAUGAAGCUCCUUCACCAAGUAAGCAAGCUGUGUGGGAAGUGCAGCCCCACUGACGUGGACAUCCUGCAGCCCUCCUUCAACUUCCUGUAUUGGAGCCUUCAUCAGACCACACCCAGCAGUCAGAAAAGAGCUGCUGCAGUGCUCCUGAGCAGCACAGGCCUGAUGGAGCUUCUGGAGAAGAUGCUGGCCCUCACCUUGGCGAAGGCAGAUUCUCCCAGGACUGGGCUCCUCUGCUCUGCCUGGCUGCUCACUGCCUCCUUCUCUGCCCAGCAGCACAAGGACAGUUUGCAGGUUCACCAGACACUCUCUGUGGAAAUGGACCAAGUACUGAAGGCUCUCAGCUUUCCAAAAAAAAAGACUGCACUGCUCUCAGCUGCCAUCUUAUGCUUCCUGCGGACAGCCCUGCGACAAAGCUUUUCCUCUGCCCUGGUAGCCCUGGUGCCUUCAGGGGCCCAGCCACUGCCAGCCGCCGAGGACACUGUCCUAGCUCCACUGCGAACAUCGCAAGUCCGGUCCCUGGUCAUUGGGCUGCAGAACCUCCUGGUGCAGAAGGACCCUCUAUUGUCCCAGGCCUGUGUUGGCUGCCUAGAAGCCUUGCUUGACUACCUGGAUGCCCGGAGCCCAGACAUAGCUCUUCACGUGGCCUCCCAGCCUUGGAAUCGGUUUUUGCUGUUUACACUGUUGGAUGCUGGAGAGAAUUCCUUCCUCAGACCUGAGAUUUUGAGGCUCAUGACCCUGUUUAUGCGGUACCGGAGUAGCAGUGUCCUCUCUCAUGAAGAGGUGGGUGAUGUUCUGCAAGGUGUGGCUUUGGCUGACCUGUCUACCCUCUCGAACACCACACUCCAGGCCCUGCAUGGCUUCUUCCAGCAGCUCCAGAGCAUGGGACACCUGGCUGACCACAGCAUGGCCCAGACCCUGCAGGCCUCUUUGGAGGGCCUUCCCCUUAGCACCUCCUCAGGCCAGCCACCCCUGCAGGACAUGCUCUGCCUGGGAGGGGUGGCUGUAUCCCUGUCCCACAUCAGAAACUGAUCCUCAGGACUUGAAGGCCCAGAAAUGGAGAGAGAAUGAGACCUGGAGACAGAGAGCAUAAUUGUUGAGGAAAUGGAUGACAGUUGAAGCUAUUCAUAUGGAGCCAUAUACUCCAUUGUUGAAACAGAAUAAGGAAAUAAAAUGAUACACUCACA